UCUUUAAAAAAAAAAAUGAGGCCUAAGACCUCUACCUCUUGCCUUUAAAGGGUUCCACAUUUUCUGCGCGGUUUUGUGUAAUUGUGUCGUCGUACUCUCAACAUGUCUUUGGAUGAAGAAGAAAAUGCAGCCGAACUCAAAAUUGGCGACGAGUUUUUGAAGGCCAAGUGUCUAAUGAACUCUGAAGUUUCUUUGAUUCUUGAACACAAGUAUGAGCAGAUUCAGCAGAUGUCUGAUGAUCCGAGCAAUCAAGUUUCCCAAGUGUUUGAGAAGUCACUGCAGUAUGUGAAGCGUUUCAGCCGGUACAAGAAUCCUGAUGCUGUUAGACAAGUUCGAGAAAUCCUUAGCAGAUAUCAACUUGCUGAAUUCGAGCUCUGCGUCCUGGGGAAUCUUUGUCCAGAAACUGUUGAGGAAGCUAUUGCCAUGGUCCCAUCUAUAAAGAAUAGAGGUCGCACGCUUGAUGAGGAGGCAAUCGAGAAAAUGCUGAAUGAUCUAUCCCUGAUAAAGAAGUUUGAGUAGUCUCAUUUAGAUUUAUAUCUGCAUUUGAUGUCUGUAAAUAUUUCCGCGACUUACCAAGUUUCCAGGACAAAUAUAACUACUGAAGAAGAGGAGUAUGUGGACCUUGCUUCUUUUUCAACCAAAUUUCUACAUUGGUAAAACAAAUGCUGGAGUAUAUCUUGCGAUAGAUUUGUUAAUUCUAUAUUUUCGUCUGCUUGUUUGAA